AUGCCUUCGGAUUCGUCAAUGGAUAGGGACCUUGGGCCAGGGAGUGCGGCGGCGGAGGUGUUUGAAAAGGCUCCAAUGUCUUUGGUUGAUAAGUUAAGGGAGUCCUCUAUGGAGAAAGAACGUUUGAAAUUAGUCGAUAGCUUGGAUAGCGAGACACUGGAAUAUACGUCAAACUUAUUAGAAGAGCUGGAGAAACCUGUCAUGGAGGAGGUGGCCAGGUUAGGUAGGAGGAUGAACCAGAUGAUGAAUUUCAUUAGGACACCUGCAGGAAGAAACGUCCACACCACUAUUAAAGGUUUAAUAGUGGAUUCGGACAGAAUUUGUAAAAAGGUUACUGAGGUCAAUGACUUGUCGGCUAAAACACGUAGCUCCUGGCAGAGAAAAAUCGUGGAUGUAAAAUCAACAAAAAAGCCAAAAUUAUGGGGCUCGUGUCGUAUAGUUGUAGCGUUUUCUGUGUUUUUGGCAGCAAUGCAAUCUUCAUUAUUAAGAGACAACCUCGGAUUAGCUUUACUUUGUAUGUCUAAGCCAUCUGGCAAUUAUACAUGUGGAUCAAAUGAUGCCGUUAUACCUACAAUACCUGGAUACGAUAGCAAAAAAAACUGCGAAUUUGAAUGGGACUUAACUCUCCGUGGUCGAUUACUUGGUGGAUUUUUUUAUGGUUAUAUAAUUACAACUAUGGUAGGUGGAUAUAUGUCUACAAGGUAUGGACCAAAAACUCCUUUUAUGUGGGGAGGAAUUGGGAAUACUUUUUUUCAUUCUUUAUGUCCUAUCGCUGCUACUGUGCAUACCGAAUUAUUUUUCGCGUGUCGUUUUCUACAGGGUCUGCUCUCCGGUUUGAUGAUAGGUCCUUUAUUUCAACUUUUUAGUCCAUGGACCACUGAAGAAGAAGCCGCUAGUUUGUUGAGUUUUGGCUUUAGUGGUUUUGCACUUGGUACUAUUAUUUCUAACCCAUUAAGUGGAAUACUUUGUUCAUUUGAGUAUAAUGGUUAUGGAGGCUGGCCUUUAAUAUUUUAUGUACCAGCUAGUAUUAGUGUAUUCUUCAUUAUUUUCUGGUACCAGUAUCUAUAUGACGUUCCGGAUAAUCAUCCGAAAAUUACACAAGAAGAAUAUAAUUAUCUUUUGGAGAAUAUAGACAUAUCAAAUGAACCUGCAAUAAUUCCAUGGUUGUCUAUUUUCACGUCAAUGCCGUUCAUAGCGUACAUCUUUUCAUAUACAGUGUUUAUGUGGAACUAUUUAACCAUGAUGAAUAGUAUGCCAAUAUUUAUGCAAAGCAUGUUGCACUUAAGUUCAAGAGAAAAUGGAUUGUUGAAUUGUAUACCGUAUACAUUGUCAUUCAUUGUUCGGUUAUUUAAUGCUCAAACAUAUUCUUUAGUGAGGCGGAAUUUAAGAUUAUCAAAUACCGUCGGAAGAAAACUAUAUCAUACAAUAGGAUGCUUUUGCAUAAUAGUAGCUUAUAUUUAUAUGAUAGCAGAAGAGAAUAUUACAAAGUGGAAAAUAAUUGGUGCAAUGACAGUAAUAUUAGCUUUAGGUGAUAUUGCAUAUACAGGAGGAUUUUUUCCAACUCUACUUGAAAUGGCGCCAAACUACGCCGGCCUCUUAUCGGGAAUAGCUACAUUUGCAUCUUAUACUAUAAGCAGUUCAUCAUUGUUAAUCAAUAGUAUUAUCAUUAGAGAUAGUACUAAAAGUGAUUGGAAUAAUUUAUUAGGGUCUAUUGUGGGCAUGUUUAUAUUUAUAAUUAUCUUUUAUAUAAUAUUUGGUUCAGCAUCGUUACAAAAAUGGUCUCGUGCUCAAAAUGAUAUACAUGAAUCAGCAGUAGCAUCACGUUCUACAUUAUUAAUGACGCGGUCGUACGGCAUGUCACGAACUAUGUCAAUGAGACGACCAACUCAUAUGUUUUAA